GACGUCUUGUGGUUUUUUGCAGCGAACUAAGGCAUGGCCUUCGAGAUUGGAUUUUGUUAAGGUCGCUAAGCUUAGCAAACGAUAGCGCGUCGACUGUAGCCUGUUCUAGCGGAGGCGCGAGCGGUGGUGGUAGUUGUGGUUUUAGCAGCUCAGUUGGUAACCUGUGGCUUCCACUGACGGUUUCCGAGAGUUUUCGAUGGGGAAAUAUUUGACGGUUUCUUUGUUUGCAAUGUGCCACAACUGCAAAGGAAAACGUUAACAGCUUACCACUUCAAUCUGCACCAAUCACGGCAUUUCACCAGAUCUGGCUCCAGCGUGAUGCUACCGCGCCAACCGUUCUACCGCCCCCUACGGCAAGUGCCGCUUGUGGCAAUCCCAUCACCCGAAGACAAGGGCCUUUACUUUAACUGUGGGUCAUACCCUGCACAAAGCCAAAGUGCGGGUUCUGCGUCACUGCUGCUUAUCUGCUUCGCACCAGUUGUGGAACACUCGUCUCUGGGCGGUCGCACAGCCAGCCUGCUCCUAAACGGUCAUGCAUACUACAACAUGCCAUUCACAAUGGUGAACAUCUCGCCGCUUCUCAGCCACACUGUGAAGAACUGCUUUGCGAUAUGGGACGAGGCCAUCCCGACGAAGGUGGGGGUGCGCGUUGUGGAAGCUGCGAAGGUCACCGAGGACGAGCUGCUGUCCUCGUUCGACGAAGGUUCGCCUUACACCAUCAGGCGGGAGAACACGGAAGCACUUGUGAAAGCUCAUUUUGCCGAAGCAGACGAGACCAUCGUGGAGAACUUCCAGGUGUCCCUGGUCUGCCCACUAACCAAGAGGAAGAUUCGGGUCCCUUGCCGUGGUACCCACUGCCAGCACGCACAGUGCUUCGAUGCCUGCGCUUACCUUGCCCUCAAUGAAGGCACGCUGCAUCCAUCCUGGCGCUGCCCUGUCUGCAGCGACCAGGUCCUUCUCCAGGACAUCCGCAUCGACCUGUUCACGCUGGACGCCCUCCGCAAGGCUGACGACCAGUGCAGCACUGUGAACCUUUUGCCCAACGGCAGCUGGGCGUCGGUGACAGACUAUGAUGACCACAGCGUCAUCAUAAUUGAAGACAGUCCAGUCAAGGAGACGGAAAGAACGUUACACAAUUCUUUCGUCAUUGACUUGACGGUUGAUUCGGACUGACGGUGGUUUGGUUAUAUGAUUGACCUGUGUUCCGUGAGAUAUUGGCAUGCCCGUGGCUUAUGCCUAUGGUUGGCUGGGAAGAAAAUGGGACUGCAUUCGUGCCACAAAUGUGAUUCAAGGUGCUUCCCUUUUGCCAAAGAUUGACUUUGUUAGCAGUUGCUUCCUUGGUUAGUUGCUCCACCUGUGUAGAAGUGGUUAUGAAAAUUGGAAGUGGUGUAUGAAACCUUGAAAAACAUUGCACCUUUGCAACGGAAUGCGACACCCACUGCUGCAAGCAAUGACCUGCGUGCUUCAGAGUGUUUUUUUACGAACUUAGAAAAGUGUGCUAUUUUAUGCAGCUGAACGCUUUUAUAACGAAAAGCUUGGGGCUUCUGAAAUAAUUUGUUCUACAGGUCACCUUGUCGUAAAGGUAGGCACCGCACAGCUCACAAUAUAACUUAGAUAGAAUUACGUAUUUUUACCUUAUACAAGUCAUUUCGUUGCGGAAUCGUUCACGGUACAGGCGCUCGACUGUACUUUCGUGUAUUUUUAAAUCUUUUCAGCGGUUUUUAUCGACAGAUUUUAUGCAUUUUAUGUCAAUAAAAUAUAUUUGUGCUCCAAA